AUAUUUAUCUUUGGUCGUUCGCCUCGACAUGUUCUGGACAAUGCAAGUUGUUGUGAAAACAAUUUUAUUUCGUGGUUUUUAUUAAGUAAUCGCGCUUUUUGCGAAAAUGAAGAAACAAAGUUGUAAUCGUUUAUAAUUUGUGAUGGGAUAUAUUUACAGUUUUAAGUUAUUAUUUUGUUUGUUUAAUUGUUUUACAAGAGGUAGCCAUAAUAAUGGAUAGAGCAGAGGUUGCGUUUGCUAUUUUAUUGUUAUAUUUUGUUGUAACAAUUGAAACUUCACGUGUUACUGUUUAUCAAGGAGAUACAUUACCUCAUCAUGGUCGCUGUGAGCCGAUUACCAUUCAGUUUUGUCAACAAAUAAGAUAUAAUCAAACAAUCUUUCCUAAUUUACUGAAUCACGCAAAACAAGAAGACGCUGGUCCAGAAGUUCACCAGUUUACUCCCCUGAUUAAAGUGAACUGUUCACCGGAUUUAAAAUUCUUUUUGUGUUCAGUAUACGCACCAGUUUGCACAAUACUAGAUACAGCUAUUCCUCCAUGCCGUCAUUUAUGUGAGUCGGCUAGACAAAAUUGUGACGAGCUCAUGAUUAACUUUGGAUUUCAUUGGCCUGAACACUUGGAGUGCUCGAAGUUCCCCGUGGCAACUGAUGAAAAUGUGAUAUGCGUCGGUGAUAAUAAUAUUACUCAUGAAUCUCGAAAACAUACUGAAACUAAACUUCCCAAGGUGGAUUUCAAGAAUACUAAUGAAAGAGACCCAACAAAGCUUCAUGGAGCAAAAGAUUACGGAUUUGUUUGUCCUGUUCAAUUUAAGGUUCCUAAGAACUUAGACUUGGAGUACUCACUUAAAGUUGGAGAUAAGGUUGAACAUGACUGUGGUGCUCCUUGUAGUGGUAUGUUUUUCAGUUUAGAUGAAAAGAAUUUUGCAAGAUUAUGGAUUGGUAUCUGGGCGACAUUGUGUACCGUCAGUUGCCUGUUCACAGUAUUAACAUUUCUCAUAGAUACAGACAGGUUUAGGUAUCCAGAGAGACCAAUUAUUUUUCUAUCAGUGUGUUACCUCAUGGUGGCUGCGGCAUAUGUUAUGGGUUGGAGCGCUGGAGACAGUGUUAGCUGCCAGGGACCAUUCCCCUCAACAAUCAGUGGGGCAAGAUUACCUAACAUAUCAGUUAUAACACAAGGAACAAAGCAUGAACCAUGCACAAUACUUUUUAUGGUUGUGUAUUUCUUCAGCAUGGCCUCAAGCAUUUGGUGGGUCAUAUUAACCCUAACAUGGUUUUUGGCGGCUGGUCUUAAAUGGGGACAUGAAGCCAUUGAAGCAAAUUCCCAAUAUUUUCACUUAGCUGCCUGGGCUGUGCCUGCUAUCAAAACAAUAUCAAUACUGGCCAUGGGAAAAGUGGAUGGUGAUGUUCUCUCUGGUGUCUGUUAUGUUGGACUGUGGGAUGCAGAAGCACUUCGAGGAUUCGUCUUAGCACCACUAUGUGUCUACCUAGUUCUUGGAACCAUAUUCCUACUGGCAGGCUUUGUUUCAUUGUUCCGUAUAAGGACUGUUAUGAAACAUGAUGGAACUAAAACAGAUAAAUUAGAGAAACUGAUGAUAAGAAUUGGUGUGUUUGGAGUUUUAUACACAGUGCCUGCUUUAAUAGUGAUAGCCUGUCUCUUCUAUGAACAAGCUAGUUUUGAUGAUUGGAUGGUGACUUGGCAUCGCGAUAUGUGUUCUACACCUCUUUACUCAAUCCCAUGUCCUUUCACACGCCGAGAAACAGAUCGACCGAAAUUUGAAAUGUUUAUGAUAAAAUAUUUAAUGACCAUGAUAGUUGGUAUAACUUCCAGCUUUUGGAUUUGGUCUGGUAAAACUUUAGUGUCUUGGCGUCAAUUUUUCGACAAAAUUAAAGGGCGCAGGGUUGAAGCAUAUGUGUGAAUUGCUUUAAAUGUUGUCUCAUUUGCAGCUUUUAAUCGUGUCAUUUCCCGCCGUUAAUGAGAUUUAACCAUUAGGGCUGCUAGCAGCUAAACAGCAGCUCCAAACUCAUAUAGAGUAUUCAUGACUCCAAUCAAUAUUAUUGAAAUUCAAAA